UCCCUUAUUUAGACUGUUACCGUUAGUUUGUCCUUUUCCGUUAACUCCGCACUUUGAGGCGCCUCAUUUAAAACCCUUCCCAUUUCUCUUCCAUCGCACGCAACGGAAAUACCCAAAAAACCAAAACCCAUUUUACCACUACCACAACACUAGCAGCAACUAUUUUAUAUUUAUACAAAAAAUUAAAAAUUGAAAUUAAAAAAAAAAAAGAAAAUGAAAAAUAAUUUUGCCUCUACUUCUAUUCCAUGUAAACACUUUGAUUUUCUCCUUCUCCGUUCACAGUGACGAUUCUCCGAUUUGACUCAGCUAUGACGAACUUGACUCGGAGCUUAUUAACUCAACCUGAAAUUAUUUUCUUGAUGAUAAUUCCUCGUUUGGAUCCUCCUUCGUUUUCAGCUACUAGCGAUUCUUGUUCAUAGUGCCACUUUUGCUUCUCUCGCCGUUGAUUUGAUUUCAUCCGAGUUCUGCGUAGAUCUGAUCCGUUCAGGGAAAUCAACGGCGUCAGUCAUGUUAAUCGAUAUAUUAAAAACGAUUAAAGGCUUAUUGCUGAAAUGGAUGCUUAUAUUAUCUUACCUGGUAUUUAUGAUCGAGUCUAGUGUACAUGAUAAAACACUGCAACCCCCAUUGCUAUCUGCAGCUAGAUCACCUUUGGUCGCAGUUCUUGUUCAUGAUAUGCCUCUACCAGCAAAUCCCCAUGGGUCCAAGUAUAUGCUUUCUCGUGGUGCACCGAUUGCAACACUGUCACCGGCCAAUCCUCCUUCAUCAUAUGGCCCUUUCAUAAAUCCUAGCCAACCCCCUGAAAGUUCACAUUUAUCCAUCCCAUUCAAGGAGAGGAGUGAAUGGAAACUCCCAAUAUCUGGCUUUAAAAAUAUUGCUCCUAUUCAUUCUACGGCAGCUGCAGUCCCUUCUGCUUUGGCUCAGCCACCAUUGUCCCCUCAUGCUUCCAAUUGCUGUAAACAAGACAUGGUGUUGAAACGAGGAAGUAAGGGUUGCCACUGUGUAUAUCCCAUAAAGCUAGACAUUCUUCUUUUGAAUGUCUCUCAGAGUCCUGAUUGGGAUAGAUUUCUUGAAGAAUUAGCAACCCAGCUAGGGUUACAAAAUAAUACCCAGAUUGAGCUGAUAAACUUUUAUGUAAUCAAUUUAUCAACACUAAAUAUCUCAAUGGAUAUUACUCCACACAAAGGCAUUGGUUUCUCUGCCAAUGAAGCUUCUAAAAUAAACUCUUCGCUUUCAAUGCAUAAGGUUCGGUUAGACCCUGGAUUAGUAGGUGGGUACAAACUUCUCAACAUAAGGUGGUUUGAACCUCCACCUCUGACUCAAGCUCCUACUUUAACUGCAUCGCCGGAGAAAGCACCUAUAUAUCAUUCACCUACAGCUACAUCAUCGAGUUCUUCAGAUAAGGGAGGGCAUUCAAAUCUAUUUCUUAUUUUCGGAAUUGCUAUUGGCAUGCUCUUCAUUGCAAUUGUAUCUAUAUUAAUAUUCUGUUUAUGCACAUUGCUGCCGAAGGAAAAAGCACCCCCCAUAGAAACUGAAAAGCCAAGGACAGAAAGUGCCGUUUCAGCUGGGGGUUCUAUUCCCCACCCAACCAGUACACGGUUUAUUGCUUAUGAAGAACUUAAAGAAGCCACAAACAACUUUGAACCUGCCAGUGUACUUGGAGAAGGAGGGUUUGGUAAAGUUUUUAAAGGGAUCUUAAGUGAUGGCACUUCUGUUGCAAUUAAGAGGCUUACAAGUGGAGGGCAACAGGGUGACAAAGAAUUUUUGGCUGAGGUUGAAAUGCUUAGCCGAUUGCAUCAUCGUAACCUUGUAAAACUAGUGGGAUACUAUAGUAAUCGUGAGUCAUCACAAAAUCUACUUUGCUAUGAGCUUGUUCCUAACGGAACUUUGGAGGCUUGGCUUCAUGGUCCCUUGGGAAUAAAUUGUCCUUUGGAUUGGGACACUAGAAUGAAGAUUGCUCUUGAUGCUGCAAGAGGACUUUCGUACCUGCACGAAGACUCACAGCCGUGUGUAAUACACAGAGAUUUCAAGGCAACCAACAUAUUGCUCGAGAACAAUUUUCACGCCAAGGUUGCAGAUUUUGGUCUUGCUAAGCAAGCACCUGAAGGCAGAGCUAAUUAUUUGUCUACUCGUGUCAUGGGCACCUUUGGGUAUGUAGCUCCUGAAUAUGCCAUGACUGGACACCUACUUGUUAAAAGUGAUGUUUAUAGCUAUGGAGUUGUCUUGUUAGAACUUCUCACCGGAAGGAAACCUGUCGAUAUGUCACAGCCAACUGGACAAGAGAACCUUGUUACUUGGGCUAGGCCAAUCCUUAGAGAUAAGGACAGGUUGGACGAGAUAGCUGAUCCGAGGCUCGGGGGAAAGUAUCCAAAGGAAGAUUUUGUGCGCGUGUGCACUAUUGCAGCAGCAUGUGUUGCUCCUGAAGCAAACCAACGACCCACAAUGGGUGAAGUGGUACAGUCACUUAAAAUGGUGCAGCGCAUCACAGAAUACCAUGAUUCUGUGUUACCAUCAUCCAAUACACAGUCCAAUAUGAGACAGUCCUCUAGCACUUUCGAGUUUGAUGGAACAUCUUCAGUGUUCUCUUCCGGCCCUUACUCUGGUCUAAGCGCAGCCUUCGAUACUGACAACAUUUCUAGGACAGUGGUUUUCUCUGAAGAUCUUCAUGAAGGACGAUGAAAUACGAGAAAACUCGAAUCAUUCAUGAAAAGUUUUAAACCAUGUAAUUUAGAUCCAUUUCAAUCCAUGGCUAAAGGUUAAAUCAUAAGCCGCAAAUUUUUUCAAAGUGAUUGAAGCUUUUAGCUGUUGAGGUGACAAGAUUUUAAUUAAUGAGUAAAUAGUGCAGUUCCUAGCAGAUUACGUUUUA